GAAGUGGAGGGGAGCCCAGUUGCGAUGAGCUUCUCGAUGAUGCGGUACCCUGUGAUCCUUUUUACUGCAGCACUCAUUCCAUUCGGAACAUGCUUCAAGUUUAUCGACUGUGGAUCACAGUUGGGACAGUUCACCAAUAUAGCGGUAACAAAUUGUGACCCAACCACCUCAGCGUACUGCAAACUAAAAAGAGGGACUAAUGUCACACUUACAGUCAAGUUCACCCCAAAUCAAGAUAUAACUGAAGUCAAAGCAGUAGUUCAUGGAAUCCUUGGAGGUGUUCCAAUACCAUUCAACCUACCUAAUCCAGAUGGUUGCAAAGAAAGUGGGAUACAAUGUCCAUUAGUGAAAAAUGAAAACUACAGUUAUAUAUCAGAAUUGCCAGUGCUGAAUGUCUACCCGAAGGUGAAAUUGCAAGUUAAAUGGGAAUUGCAGACAGAAGAAAAGGAAGACAUUGUCUGUUUCGAACUUCCAGCCAAGAUUGUUUAAGUUUUAAGAAUCACUAAAUGAAAGUUAAUUUUUUUACAUCGAUGACGAAUUAUGGACAAAUUCAUGGCUAUAUUUUUAUCCAAAAAUAAAUUAUUAUCUACACAUCAUAACUUUUGAUACUAUCAAUUAUUAUUUAUGACAUGAAUAAUUACAGAACUCUAGAAUGAUUUUAAAUAAAAAAAAAAAAAAAAAAUAGUUCGUAAAAGUGACAGAUUUGUAAUCUAAUAAAUGAU